UUAUCACCGAGUGCCGGCUGAGGGCUUAGCCUUGAAGCACAGCACCUAGAGGAUUUGAAUCCCCCUGGGCCUUAAAGGCUGGGCUCUGGGGGUGGGGGGCGCUAUUUGAGUCAUGGCCUCACCCCAUAAAGGCUAUGUGAGACGGCCAGAGAAAAGAGACCCUCAGCGGAGGAUGAGAAAAGGGCGCCCGCUCUUCCGAGAAGCGUGAGCCACACAGAGGUCCGGGCGACGAGGUCAUUAGUUACGUAGGAGGACCCGACUGAAGAGGGACGCUAUCAGGAGCCUUGGACACAUCGGUCCAUGGCCUUGGAACUGCCCCCUCCCCUCCCCAAGGACAGGGUCGGCCGUCAGCGGAUUGAUUCUGGCCAAUGCCAGAGCGGCUCCUGCAGCGCCUAAUUUCAUGCAGGAGCUUCCGGCGGAAGCCACUCUACCCACUUGGCAGCUCUGGGAAAAUUAGCCUCAGAGAGAGUAUACGGGUGUAGAAGGUGGGGCGCUGACCAGUAAAUGGGCCGAAGUUUGGGCGCUCUCUUACCAAGGAUUAUCAGUAAAUAUGGAUGAAACACAGACUACGCGCCGGGCCCUUAAACACUGGGCGUUCAAAGACUAAAAUGAAACAGCCUCACGGAACAGCGAAAACAUUGGUGAGGCGGGCUUUUCCCGUGGGUAGACCUCACGUGGGAAGAAAUGAGCCAGCCAAAUCUACAGUGGAGAAUGUCAGGAUUAACCCCAGCAGCCUGUCCUUCGAAAUGUGGAAGGAGAUCCCCAUUCCCUUUUACUUAUCUGUUCACUUGUUCAACGUCCUCAACCCGGACGAAGUCCUCAAGGGGGAGAAGCCCAGAGUCGAAGAGCGGGGGCCUUACGUGUACAGAGAAUACAGACAGAAACAAAACAUCACUUUCCAUGACAAUGACACGGUGUCCUUCUUGGAGUACCGGACCUUUGAAUUCCAGCCUCACAUGUCCCAUGGCUCAGAAACGGAUUACAUUGUGAUGCCAAACGUUUUGGUCUUGGGGUCCUCGGUGAUGAUGGAGCACAAACCCAUGUCUAUGAAGUUGCUCAUGAGCCUGUCAUUCAGCAUGUUCGGCCAGCGCGCCUUCCUGAACCGCACGGUGGGGGAGAUCAUGUGGGGUUAUUCGGAUCCCCUCAUUGAUCUGCUGAAUAAAUACUUCCCUGGCCUGAUGCCAUUCAAGGAUAAGUUUGGCUUAUUUGCACAGUUAAACAACUCCAAUUCAGGAUUGUUCAAUGUAUUUACGGGGGUCAAAGAUUUCAGCAAAAUCCAUCUGGUGGACAGGUGGAAUGGCAAGACCAAGUUAAACUUCUGGAAUUCAGACCAGUGCAAUAUGAUUAAUGGGACAUCUGGACAGAUGUGGGCCCCUUUCAUGACUCCAGAUUAUAACCUUCAGUUCUACAGCCCAGAGGCUUGCCGGUCUUUGAGUUUUAAAUAUGAAAAAUCAGGAGAGUUCAAAGGCAUUCCUACUUUUCGAUUUGUGGCCCCUGACACCUUAUUUGCCAAUGGGUCUGUCUACCCUCCAAAUGAAGGCUUCUGCCCUUGCCUGGAGUCAGGAAUCCAGAAUAUGAGCGCCUGCCAGUUAAAUGCCCCGAUGUUCCUUUCCCAGCCACAUUUCUUUAAUGCAGACCCGGUGCUGGUUGAAUCUGUCACUGGGCUCCAUCCCAACAAGGAUGAGCACUCCCUGUUCCUCGAGGUGCACCCGGUCACUGGCAUCCCCAUGAACUGCUCUGUCAAGCUGCAGAUAAGCCUGUACAUGAAGUCCAUCCCUGGGAUCGGGCAAACAGGAAAAAUCAAUCCAGUUGUACUCCCUCUCGUUUGGUUUGAAGAGCGAGGGGCGAUGGAAGGCCAGACGCUCAGCGUGUUCUACACCAGACUGGUGUUGAUGCCCAAGUUGAUCCAGUACCUGCAGUACGUCUUAAAUGCCGUGGGCUGUCUCUUCAUCGUCAUCACUCUCAUCUUGGUCAUCAGGAAUCAGAGGACCUCCGGUUCUGAUCUCCACCAGGGGCUGGGCCCCCCCUCAGACCCGCUCCCCAGCUCCCAGACUCCCCUCCUCCAGGAAGACCCCCAGGAUGGACAGACUGCCCGCAGCAAGUCCUGAGCAACCUCCCCUGCCUGGUCGUGGCAGCACGUGGCUGUAACAUCUCCUUCUGUGUACUGCCAUCAACACACGUGUUGACUGUGUGUGUAUGUGAGAGAAUCCAAUAUUUUGUUCUGGACAGAAAGGGUCUCGUCCUUGAGGACUCUCAAAUUGGGCCCCGGGAUGGGAGAUGCCACGGGGCCCAGUCUGGGAACAGGCCGGCAUCCAGCUUUUCCAGGAAUUGGCCGACGUGCCCCUCGGCCUGUCCCUAGCCUGGGCCGUCCAGGAGGCCUUUGGUCUGGGCCCCCUCGGGGCCCCCCUCUGUUUGAGCACUUUUUGCCCCUCCCCCAAAGGGAGCCAGGAUGAAUCACGUACUGCCGACAGCCAAGUGAACACAAGCUGACAUGAGCCUUAUCCCUGCCCAGCAGUCUCUUCUCCCCCACCGAGGCCUGGUUCUGAAACCCAGCACUUCCCCUCCAGCGCGCCCUCGUCACAUUGAGGGGCUCCUUUCAGGGAGCCUCGAGCUGCGGCUUUAUGGCCUGGGCUGAGGCUUGAGCCCCCAGACCCAAGGCAGGCCUCCAGUUACUGAGCCCUCUCAACAGCGAUGGCUGGGCGGAAAGUCCAGGGCCGCCACCCCCUUUGUUGGGUUGCGGCCUCUCCAGGCGCCCCUUUUAGCUUCCCAGGCUCUUUACACAGGCUCGUCUGGUUUUUAAUAUCGUAUCGUUUUCAUCGUUUUUCUAUCUUUUGUGUCUACAAGUGUCUAUUCCAGAGGGAUGUGGUCCCAGGAGAUUCCCCAUCGCACUCUGGGGCACUGGGCAGCCCUCCACUCUGCUUUGUGCUCCCCAGGGAAACGAGGCAGCAUCCGGGAGGAAGAUCUCAGGGCCCCCAGAGCCCCCCGGAGCUUGCAGUGUGAUGCGUCGCCUCCCUCAGGGCGGGGGAAUCAGAAUCUCUGGUCUCCUGGUCAAACGUCUGUCUCCUUUUCAUCGUUUUUCUACUAGAAAGAAAAAUAAAAGAAAUCUUAUCACUUUAAAAGAAGAUAAUUCACUUUAAAAUAAAAACGUAAAAAACAAA